AUGGCGCCCAUGCCAGAUUUCUCCGUCCAGGCCGAACGCUACAUCAAGAGAGGUCUUGCUCGUCUGCCACGACCAAUAAGUCGCUUUCUCGGUCAUCGCGACGAAACCGUCGCUCCUUCACCCGACUAUCUUGUCUGUAUUUGGGGUUUUAUCGGUGCAUUUUGCGGGCUGAGCGUCAUCUUUGCUGUCUUCGGUCACACUGAAUACUUCACCAGCCGACUUGUCCCCCCCAUCGUUGCUUCAUUUGGCGCAUCGGCUAUUCUCUGUUAUGGCUCCAUCGACGCGCCCCUUGCCCAACCACGCUCCCUCGUUUUUGGCCACUUCUUCAGUGCCCUAAUCGGCGUAAUCAUCGCCACCAUUUUCCAGUUCAAUCUUGAACAUGACCCCACGCCACGGCUGCAAUGGGUCGCUGCGAGCUUAUCCACCGCAAUCGCCCUCGUUGUUAUGCAUCUCACGCGCACCACGCACCCGCCCGCUGGCGCAACCGCACUGAUCCCAUGUAUCGACCCUCAUAUAUGGGCACUGCGGUGGUACUUUCUGCCUGUUGUGUUGUUGUCGUCCUCGCUGAUUCUAUUUACGGCGCUUCUGGUCAACAACAUACAAAGGGUGUAUCCGAGGUUUUGGAUUAAGGCCAUCCCUCCUGUGGCCGCGGCCGAGAAGGAGGCAAUGGAGCGGAAGAAGGAGGAAGAGAGGAAAAACGAGCCCGAUCCAGAAUCGGCGGAUAGCUUGUCACCCCAUCCAUCGCGGUGA